AUGGGAACCUCACACCGCAGCAGUGGGGUUUUCAAAAAAUCAAAUGAUAGUGCCAGGCUUAUCAUAACAACCAUCAUGGGGAUGGUUUUUGGAUAUUUUAUUGGUGUCUCAUUUCCAUUUGUUUCUCUAGCUAAGAUUAAUUUACCGUCAAGCUUUAUUUCAUCUCUUGAUGCAGCAUUUAGUGAAGAUCCCAGUAGGCGUAGUUUUCCAGAAAACCUUGGUUCGGGUAGUACUCCUGUUACACCAAAGAUUUAUGUUCCCACAAAUCCUCGUGGUGCGGAGUCAUUGCCUCCUGGUAUUGUGGUCUCAGAAACAGAUUUUUAUCUUAGAAGAUUGUGGGGUGAACCCAGAGAGGAUUUGAAAAAGAAACCAAAGUAUUUGGUAACAUUUACAGUUGGUUGGGACCAGAGAAACAACAUCAAUGCAGCUGUUAAAAAGUUCUCUGAGGAUUUUCAGAUUAUGCUUUUCCAUUAUGAUGGUAGGACAAGUGAAUGGGAUGAGUUUGAAUGGUCAAGGCGUGCAGUUCAUGUUAGUGUUAAGAGACAAACAAAAUGGUGGUAUGCAAAGAGAUUUUUGCAUCCUGAUGUUGUAGCAGCUUACGAUUACAUUUUCAUUUGGGAUGAAGAUCUUGGAGUUGAGCAUUUCAAUGCUGAAAAGUACAUUCAGCUAGUUAGGAAACAUAGGCUAGAGAUUUCACAGCCUGGUCUUGAGCCCAAUAAUGGACUAACAUGGCAAAUGACAAAGAGGAGGGGUGACAGAGAGGUUCACAAGGAUACCGAGGAGAAACCUGGUUGGUGCAGUGAUCCACACUUGCCUCCAUGUGCUGCCUUUGUGGAAAUUAUGGCUCCCGUCUUUUCUCGAGAAGCCUGGCGAUGUGUCUGGCAUAUGAUUCAGAAUGAUUUGGUGCAUGGUUGGGGUUUGGAUUUUGCACUCAGGAGAUGUGUUGAGCCUGCUCAUGAGAAAAUCGGAGUAGUUGACUCGCAGUGGAUAGUUCAUCAAGUAAUUCCUUCUCUAGGAAGUCAGGGCGAAUCUGAACGUGGCAAAGCACCUUGGCAAGGGGUACGAGACAGAUGCAGAAGUGAAUGGGCACAGUUUCAAGACCGGCUUGCAAAUGCAGAUAAAAAAUAUUUUGAACAGCUUGAGAGGACACCAUCAUAUUACAAUUCGAUGUUGUGUGCGGCAAUUAUACUUGCCAAUAUGUCAUUUAAGAGGGAUGAACUCUUGUACCAACAAAAUCUCCGCCCGGUCGGCCGAUUCAUUGCCUCGGUUCGCCUCAAGGUGAAGUUUUCCAAGAAAUUGAAAUAUCGAAACAUUCAAGUGGCUUCAUCUGUUUCCAUUGUCAUUGUCAACAAGGCAUUGAUGAGCAAUCUUGGCUUUCCAUUUGCAACAACAUUGACUAGUUGGCACCUGAUGGUGACAUAUUGCACCCUUCAUGUUGCUCUGAAGAUGAAUUUCUUCGAAAACAAGCCGAUCGACAUGAAGACUGUGAUCCUCUUCGGCAUCUUAAAUGGCGUCUCGAUUGGCUUCCUGAACUUAAGUUUGGGUUUCAAUUCAAUCGGCUUCUACCAGAUGACCAAGCUUGCAAUCAUACCUUUCACGGUUUUAUUAGAAACCAUUUUCUUGAAGAAGCAAUUUAGCCAGAAGAUUAAGUUCUCUCUGUUCGUCCUACUCGCCGGCGUCGGCAUUGCUUCCGUCACCGACCUUCAGCUCAACUUUGUCGGAUCAAUCCUCUCCCUUCUGGCCAUCAUCACUACUUGUGUUGGUCAAAUUCUGACAAAUACGAUUCAGAAGAGGCUUAAUGUGUCAUCUACUCAGCUGCUAUAUCAAUCAGCACCAUUUCAAGCUGCAGUUUUGUUCGUUUCAGGGCCUCUAGUAGAUCAAUUCCUCACCCAUAAAAAUGUGUUUGUCCACAAAUACUCUCCAAUCGUAAUGGGAUUCAUACUAUUAUCUUGUUUGAUUGCGGUGUCGGUGAAUUUCAGCACAUUUUUGGUUAUUGGGAAGACAUCUCCGGUCACAUAUCAAGUUCUAGGCCACUUGAAAACCUGCCUUGUUCUUGGAUUUGGUUAUACACUUCUUCAUGACCCUUUCACUUCAAGAAAUAUCAUUGGAAUUUUGGUUGCCAUUGUUGGAAUGGGAUUGUAUUCUUACUUUUGCACCCAUGAAAACAAAAAGAAACAAGAUGCAAACUUGUCAUCUCAGGCCAAGGAUAAAGAUACAACACCACUUAUGGCUGGAGGGAAGAAAAUGUUGCAUGAAGAUGAAGUAAAUGGGGAUGGCAAAGAUCACCUGCUUAAGAGCUUUAAAUCAAUCCCGCCUUCCCAGAAUGAGGAGCCCUCAAGAAGUGCAGUUAUAGAUUCCUGCAUUCGGGUGACAGAUAAUGGUAGAGAAAGCAUUCAAAGAAGGGUAUUCUUCAUGUUCACACUUUAUAAUACUUCCAAUCACAAUGAUGAACUAAAGCUAGGAGCGAGUAGUCCUGAAGAGGCAGCAAAGUGGAUGCAAUCAAUUCAGGAUGCAGCUUUAAAGAACCAAGUUGCUUUGGAUUGCUCCAAGCAGGAAGCUCAGUCUCUGCGGUUAAAUCACUCCCAUAAAUCCCAUGAUUCCUAUUCAAUCGAUUGGACAGUUCGUUCAUCUAGAGUUAUGGAUGCAAUGACUGCUGAUGUGGUUGCACCAUCACCUUGGAAAAUUUUUGGUUGCCAAAAUGGUUUGAGACUUUUUAAGGAAGCUAAAGAUAAAGAAUUUCAGGCCAAGUGGGAUGACCAUCCUGCAAUUAUGGCUGUGGGUGUAAUAGAUGGAACUUCGCAGGCCAUUUUCCAGACACUGAUGUCUCUUGGUCCUUCUAGAUCUGAGUGGGACUUCUGUUUUUACAAGGGUAGUGUAAUUGAACAUCUUGAUGGACAUACUGACAUAAUUCACAAGCUAUUGAACCGAGAUUGGCUACCUUGGGGCAUGAAACCACGGGACCUCUUAUUGCGACGCUAUUGGAGAAGGGAGGAUGAUGGAACUUAUGUUAUUCUCUACCAUUCCGUCUUUCACCAGAGAUGUCCUCCUCAAAACGGAUAUAUUCGCGCCUGUCUUAAAAGUGGUGGAUUUGUGAUAUCACCAGUUAAUCAAGGGAAGCAGUCUGUAGUGAAACACAUGCUUGCUAUUGACUGGAAAUCUUGGAAAUCAUAUGUAAAGACAUCCUCAGCCAAAUCAAUAACAAUCCGCAUGCUAGGGAGACUUUCUGCAUUACGGGAACUAUUUAGAGCAAAAGGAGAUCAUUUGGCAUCUGAUUUUUCGUCCGGUGAGCUGUUGAAAGACAGAAUACUGAAUGGAGCAGGUUUGCACGUUGAAGUCCAAAGCAGGUUGGACACUAGAAAGAGCAUGGAGGCAGAAGAUGAAGAAGUGGUAAAAACUCCCUCUGAACAUGCCAGCCUAAUGGGCCUAAAUGAUGCAGCAGAUGAGUUUUUUGAUGUGGCAGAACCUUUGGAAUAUGAUCAAGAAAAUGGCUGGCCGUCAGAGUAUGGAGGAGAGGCAUACACUCAGGAUACACGUCAACCCAAACUGUCUACUGCUGCUGUUUUUGUUAAAAAAUUACACGAUCUUGCAGUUCAGAAGAAGGGUUAUGUGGACUUACAUGAGAUGGCAAGAGAAGACAAUCUAUCAUGCAAUUAUGGAUUUACUCUUCCAAAGGAUCCAAGUUGUAAUAUGCUUUCCAGCUGGACUGCAGCUGAUGCUUCUACGUUCCUGAUCCGUGGAAAUACAUACCUAGAGGACCGUAAAAAGAUUAAAUCAAAUGGCACGUUAAUGCAAAUGGUGGCUGCAGAUUGGCUAAGAUCUGAUAAGCGAGAGGAUGAUCUUGCUGGCCGCCCUGGGAGCAUCGUGCAGAAAUAUGCUGCAAAGGGUGGCCCAGAAUUCUUUUUCAUAGUCAACAUACAGGUACCAGGCUCGACUACUUAUAGUCUGGCUCUGUACUAUAUGAUGAGCACCCCCGUAGAAGAUUCUCCCUUACUUGAGAGAUUCGUCAAAGGGGACGAUGCUUUCAGAAACUCAAGGUUCAAGCUCAUUCCAUACAUAUCCAAGGGAUCAUGGAUUGUUAAACAAAGUGUUGGAAAGAAAGCAUGCUUAGUUGGUCAAGCACUGGAAAUCAAUUAUUUUCAUGGAAAGAACUACAUAGAGCUUGGUGUCGAUAUCGGUUCCUCAACUGUUGCAAGGGGUGUGGUCAGUCUUGUCCUUGGUUACCUAAACAAUUUAGUUAUAGAGAUGGCUUUUCUGGUACAGGCUAACACAACAGAGGAGCUUCCGGAAUUUCUUCUCGGAACUUGUCGUCUUAACCAUCUGGAUGCCGCUAAAGCUGUCCCGGGUAGAGAGAGGAUGAGGUGGACUAAUUUUGUUUCCAGGUUGGCCAUGGUGAUGGUUCUGCUUUUGCUUGUUUUUACAAACAUUAGGGCAUCUAGCGAGGAAGAUGGAUUUCGUCAGUGUGAGCAUAUGGUCAAGAAGUGGGCAUCUUCAUCCCUUGAUGCUGAAGUCAACGAGGAUAAACAUGUUUUAAGGGAAAUGCUGUACUUUCUUCAUGUUCCAAGAACUGGAGGGAGAACGUAUUACCAUUGUUUCCUGAAAAAGUUGUACUCGAACCAUUCAGAGUGUCCCCGGUCUUAUGACAGGCUAAGGUUUGAUCCCAGGAAAUCAGAUUGUCGUCUACUGGUUACUCAUGAUGACUAUAGUGUGUUAUCAAAACUUCCGAAGGAGAAAAUUUCAGUCGUUACAAUCCUCAGGGAUCCGGUUGAUCGUGUCUUUAGCAGCUAUGAAUUUUCUGUGGAAGUGGCAGCUAGGUUUCUGGUGCACCCUAAUCUAACAUCUGCCUUAAGGAUGUCUGGGCGUUUGCGAGGAAAGACAAAGGGAGUAAGCACUCUAGAUAUCUGGCCAUGGAAGUAUCUGGUUCCAUGGAUGAGGGAAGAUUUAUUUGCUCGGAGGGAUUCCAGAAGGGAUAAAGAUCAGCCCACCAUCGACGGAGAUGAUCCGUACAAUAUGGAGGAUUAUGUGAUGCCAUUGCACAAUUAUAUUAAUGAUCCUAUAGCUCAGGAUAUCAUCCACAACGGAGCUACUUUCCAGAUUGCAGGACUUACAAACAACUCGUAUCUGGUAGAGGCGCAUGAGGUGCGCCAUUGCGUACAGAAAUAUCGAACUCUUGGCGAAUAUGUGUUACAAGUUGCAAAGAAGAGGUUGGAUGACAUGUUGUAUGUCGGACUCACUGAGAACCACAGAGAUUCGGCCACUUUAUUUGCAAAUGUCGUUGGUACUCAGGUUAUUUCUCAGCUAACCGGAGCAAAAUAUAAAACAGUUAUCUCUGGCGAUAACAUUUCUGGACAGAGUUCUUCACUUCUUGGUGCUAAAUCUGACAGUAAUGUUAACUUGAACAAUAACAUAAACCAACACCCGGGGAAAAUUUCAUCUGCUGAAACUGUUCAAGAAGCAAAUAACGAGGUUACUACAGGAAAAUUAAUGCAAAUCUAUGAGAAAUGUAUUCCAACCUUGCGAGAAGCACAGUCGCAGCGACGUACAAACUCACUUAAAAAUAUAAAGCCUGCAAACUUUACCAAGGAGGCUCGUCGUCGGAUUUCUAAAGUUCUUCUCCAGGAAAUUAGGUCAUUAAAUCACCUGGAUGUGGAGUUGUACAAGUACGCUCAGGAUAUCUUUGCAAACCAACAAAACCGUGUGGUGCGAGUUGAGCUUAUUGAUGAGAAUCCGGGGAACGUGCUGAAUAACCUAUAUUUUUCCUCUUCGUGGAAUGUUCUCCCCGUCUCAUUGUCCAUUCUUUUACUGCUGCUCUUCAUUAUUUUCGUCAUAAAUGCAAGAAGAAGAAUGUCAAAACUUAAACUAUGA